UCAACCAAAGGCCACCAUAAUCCUCUCAAGACAAAGAUGUAUGAUUCGUUUCUUUUGUUGUUAUAGUGAAAAUACAAAUCGUACGGUUCUUAUUUUAUAUCCCCACUUUUAAAAUAAGAAAUCAAACAGUUGUCUUCUGUCAUUAUUGACCAGCCACAAAAAUGAGUGGCGGAGUGUAUGGCGGAGAUGAGGUUGGAGCUCUCGUCUUUGACAUGGGCUCAUAUUCAGUGAGAGCUGGAUAUGCAGGAGAGGAUUGUCCCAAGGCCGACUUUCCUACUGUGAUCGGUGUAACUCUGGACCGGGAGGAUGGCAGUACACUGAUGGAGACAGAUGGAGAGAAGGGAAAGCAGAGCGCCACCACCUACUACAUCGACACUAACCAGCUCAGGGUCCCUAGAGAAAGCAUGGAGGUCAUGUCACCUCUCAAAAAUGGAAUGAUUGAGGACUGGGACAGUUUCCAAGCCAUUUUAGAUCACACCUACAAAAUGCACUUCAAAUCAGAGCCCAGUCUGCAUCCAGUCCUGAUGUCAGAGGCCUCGUGGAACACACGAGCAAAGAGAGAGAAGCUGACUGAACUAAUGUUUGAGCAUUACAACAUUCCUGCUUUCUUCUUGUGUAAAUCAGCCGUCCUGUCUGCGUUUGCCAAUGGACGCUCCACAGGUUUAGUGUUAGAUAGUGGAUCAACACACACAACUGCUAUUCCUGUGCACGAUGGUUAUGUCCUACAACAAGGCAUCGUAAAGUCUCCCCUUGCUGGUGACUUCAUGAGUAUGCAAUGUAGAGAGCUGUUUCAAGAGUUAGGUGUUGAAAUAGUGCCUCCGUAUGUGAUUGCAUCAAAGUGUCUCAUGCAUGAAAAGGCUUUCUCAUGGAGCAUCGUAAAGUCUCCCCUUGCUGGUGACUUCAUGAGUAUGCAAUGUAGAGAGCUGUUUCAAGAGUUAGGUGUUGAAAUAGUGCCUCCGUAUGUGAUUGCAUCAAAGACUGUCAUACAGGAUUUCCAGGCCUCUGUGCUGCAGGUGUCAGAUUCGCCCUAUGAUGAACAAGUAGCUGCCCAGAUGCCCACUGUUCAUUAUGAGCUGCCAAAUGGUUACAACUGUGAUUUCGGAGCUGAAAGACUUAAGAUCCCAGAGGGCCUUUUAGACCCUUCAAAUGCUAAGGGUCUGUCAGGGAACACCAUGCUGGGAGUCGGCCAUGUUGUGACCACCAGCGUUGGCAUGUGUGACAUCGACAUUCGACCAGGUCUGUAUGGCAGCGUGGUAGUUACAGGAGGAAACACUCUCAUCCAAGGCUUUACAGACAGACUUAACAGAGAACUCUCGCAGAAGACGCCACCAAGUAUGCGUUUGAAAUUGAUAGCCAACAACACAACUGUGGAGCGCAGAUUUAGCGCCUGGAUUGGGGGCUCUAUCCUCGCAUCUCUGGGAACUUUCCAGCAAAUGUGGAUUUCAAAGCAGGAGUAUGAGGAAGGUGGGAAACAGUGUGUUGACAGGAAGUGCCCUUAACCAGUUCCAUCAACACCUGAUUGCCUUCAGAGGGAGAGGAAAGA